AGUCCCUCUCUCGCAGCAUCUCCAUGCGAUCCUUUUCCCCAUCUCCUCGCUCCGUUCCCCCUGCCCGUUCCCCUCGUUCCAUUCCUCCUCCUCGCUCGCCCAACCCUCGCACACCCUCUCGGCCUCGCAGCCCCACUCGCCCCCGCACCCCCUCCCGUUCACAGCCUCCCACCCAACUCCCCAUUCCUCCCCCGCUUGCUGA